AUGCAAAGGGAAAACGCAGAUUUAUUUAAACAAACAAAACACAAAAAAACAGCAGCAGCAGCAGCAGCAGCAGAAGCAGAAGCAGCAGAUGCAGCAGCAGCAGCAGCAGCAACAGCAGCAGCAGCAGCAAAAGAAAAUGAAAUUAUAUAUGAAGAGCCUCUACCUGUUCUCCCCCUGACCCCUGAUGCAGCAGCAAACUGGCUGCAGCACGAGAAGCAGCAGCAGCAGCUUCUGCUGCAGCAGCAGCAGGAGCAAGAGCAGCAGGAGCAGCAGCAGCAGCAGCAGCAGCAGCAGCAGCAGGUGUAUGAUAUGUUUGCUGCUGCAGCAGCAGCAGACACAGAUGCUGCUGCAGCAACUCGCAUCUUCUCUUUAGCUGCAGCAGAAGGAAACGGAUGGAGACACAGAAGCUGGAAGACACCGCAGCAGCAAACCAGCAGCAGCAGCAGCAGCAGCAGCAGCAGCAGCAACAGCAGUAAUGGGAGCAGCAAUGAAAGCAGCACAAGCAGCAACCCAAGCAGCAGCAGCAACGACAACAACAGCAGCAACAGCAGCAGCAGCAGCAGCAGCAGCAAAAACAGCAGCAGGAAAGAUAGCAGCAGCAACAAGACGAAUGACAACAGCAGCAACAGCAGCAACAAAAACAGCAGCAGCAACAACAAAAACAGCAGCAGCAACAACAAAAACAGAAGCAGCAACAACAAAAACAGCAGCAGCAACAGCAGCAGCAGCAGCAGCAGCAGCAGCAGCAGCAAACCUCGACGAUUGCAGGAUAAGAUGGAUGCAGCGAGCUCUCCUUUUGUUGAAAUAUAUAAAACAAAAAUAAAUAAAAACAAAGAAGAAGAACUACAAAUACAAAAAGAAAAAGAAAAAGAAAAAAAAGAAAAAAAAGAAAAAAAAAAACAAAUGAGGUGUGAGCUGCUGUCUGUGUCUUUAGACGCCAUGCAGCUCAGCUGCCCCCCCGGCUCGGUCCCCAUAGAUACAGAUGCAGCAGCAGAGUUGCUGCAGCAGCAGCAGCAGCAGCAGCAGCAGCAGCAGGUGUUGCUGCAGGAGAAAGAGCUGCUGCUGCAGCCGCAGGAGCUGCUGCUGCAGCAGCACGAGAAGCAGCAGAUGGAUUUCUAUGCUGACAACCUGCAGCUGCCUCUACCCCUGCUGCAGCAUGAUAAACAGCAGCAGCAGCAGCAGCAGCAGCAGCAGCAGCAGCAGCAGCAGCAAGUAAAGGCUGAGCUCUGUCUCAUCACGCAGCAGGAGGCCCCCCAAGCAGUAUGCAACGAAGCGGGGGCCCUGCUGCAGCCAGACGGCACCUGUAUUGGGGAGCAGCAGCAGCAGCAGCAACAGCAGCAACUGCAGCAGCUGCUGCAGGAGCAACAGCAGCAGCAGCAACUGCAGCAGCAGCAGCAACUGCAGCAGCUCCUGCAGGAGCAGCAGCAACUGCAGAGACUGCAGCAGCAGCAACUGCAGCAGCAGCAGCAGCACCAACUGCAGCAGCAGCAGCAGCAGCAGCAGCAAGAGCUGCGUCUGGAUGAAGGGGUUUUAAGCUACCAUGAGAGGCCCCAGCAGCAGCAGCAGCAGCAACAACAGCAGCAGCAGCGGCAACAGCAGCAGCAGCAGCAGCAGCAACGGCAGCAGCAGCAGCAACAGCAGUAG